CUCAUUAACCUCUCUCUACCCCUCCCUCCUACAAGCACUGUGCAAUUGGCAUGGAGAUUUUAUCUCAGACAGUUGACAACUUAGCUUGCAACAAUACAUGCAAGCCCAUUUCAAGCACUUUCCACGGAAUUCCUGUGGUAGAUCUACUAGAUCCUGAUGCUAAAACCCAAAUAGUCGAGGCCUGCAAAGAGAUUGGAUUUUUCAAAGUAAUCAACCAUAGCGUCCCAAUGGAGUUCAUGAGUAGAUUGGAAUGUGAAGCCAUUAAGUUUUUCAAUCUACCCCGACUGGAUAAAGAAAAAUAUGGCCCUCCUAACGCUUUCGGCUAUGGUUACAGAAAAAUUGGCCCAAACAAUGAUGUGGGUUGGGUUGAGUACAUACUCCUGAGCACUAGGCCGGAGAUUAUUUCACAGGAUGCUCAAGUCGUGCUUCCAGGAAGUUCAGAAAUUUUAUGGUCUCUAAUAAAUGAAUACGUCUCAGCAGUAAAAAACAUGACGUGUUCUAUUUUGGAAAUGAUAAUUGAAGAACUCAAAAUAGGACCGAAGGAUGUCUUGAGUAGUCUGAUAAGGGAUGAAAAAAGUGAUUCUUGUUUUCGGGUGAAUCAUUAUCCACCAUGCCCAGAGCGUCAAGCAUUGAGUGGUGAAAACUUGAUCGGAUUUGGAGAACAUACAGACCCACAAAUAAUUUCUGUUGUAAGGUCUAACGACACAUCAGGCCUUCAAAUCUGUAUGAGAGACGGUACAUGGGUCUCAGUCCCACCUGAUCAAUCCUCCUUUUUCUUCAAUGUUGGGGAUUCCAUGCAGGUAAUUACCAAUGGCAGGUUUAGAAGCGUGAAGCAUAGAGUAUUGGCUCAUAGGUUAAAAUCAAGAGUGUCAAUGGUAUACUUUGGAGGGCCACCUUUGAGUACAAAGAUUACACCUUUAUCCUCUCUAAUGGAAGAAGGAGAAGAAGAACUUUAUGAGGAAUUCACAUGGUCUGAGUACAAGAAUUUAGCUAAUAAAACUAUGUUGGGUGAUAAUAGGCUGGGGCUUUUUGAGAAACCUGUUGGCCAAUAAGACGAUUCAGUCAUCCAACUCAAAAUCCAAAAAGUACUUCAACUUCGAAUCCCUCUUUAUUAAUAUGUUUCAAAAAUA